AUGAACUCCGGUCGUCCUUCCUACCAUGAAAUUCCCGAUUUUGGAAGUAGGAUCUAUAUGUACCCUGAAAUCAAGUGGGAAGAGGCCGACAAGGCAGUUCAGGUGACACGCCAAUCUCAAGUACGUUUCGGAUCCAUGGGGAAAGACAACGAAAGCGAGCAGAUGCAGAAGAAUCUUCUGCUGCGCUUUCCACGUGAGAUCCGCAAUCUCAUCACCGAGUACGUGCUAAAUUUGAGUGAUGACGCUGCAAAAAACGUCCUCAUUGUCAGUCCUCCAAAUCCAGAAGUACCCCUCUGCGAAGGUUUAAGCAUACUUUCUUUGUGUAAGCAGAUCACCGCCGAGGCGCGCUCCAUGCUCGAAGCCCGCGCUACGGCCUCCAUCCCCAUCAUGCCUGACAUGAAUUUCCGCAAACUGGUUUCCGACGUCAAUGAGAAUGGCAACGCAUCACUAUCAGAGAUACAGAGUACCGUCCUUGCUGGCCUGACAUCCUUCAGGUAUGCGCAUUUCCAUCUUCACGUCGACCACAUAUCCUCCCCCUUUCCCGGGUGCGGCGGGCGACACCUUGGUGUAAACAUGGCUCACAUCCAAGAUACAUUGAAAGAGGCGGUCAUGAUCUGGCGAGCUGCAUCUGAGCACAACUUUGCUCAUUUCAGGAAGCAAGGUUUGAAGCGAAAGGCAGUUGUGCACCUCGAUGACCUUUUCUCCGACUGGGUGGACCCGAUCGAACGAAGUAAGAGGCACGGUCUUAAGGAUCUUCUCAGACUCAUGGAUUCUGAUAAGACUACUGAUUGGGAAGUUCACUAUUAUCAUUGCAAACAUAGACAUGGGACCUGGCGGAGUGGGUUACCCCUCCCAGCUGUUGCAUACUAA